UUUUUUACUUUUACCGAAUAAAGACAGAGGAUCAGCGAACUGUUCAACAAAAUGAUUUUAUAACAUUUUCCUGCUGCUGUAGACUCGUGUCCUCGUUCCUCAUAACAUAACAAACAAAGGCUAAUGAUUAAUGACUCAACUUUAUUAAACCAAAAUAUUGCAAAAUAUCAAUACUAAUGUAAACUUUCACCUGUGUUUGCGGGUCGUGCCUUUGCUAAGUGGCGUAAAACGGUAUCUGGAGGUAGUUUUCCAAGAUGUUUUCGUAAGGAAAUAGGUGAUUAUGGCGACCUGCAGCAGUGGUAACAGAAGGGACGUCCUACAAACCUCAAUGGAUAAUUUGCCAGGAAGCAAUGAUCCCUUGAGAGAAUUGUUUGAGGCCUGCAAAUUGGGAGAUAUUGCUAGAGUGAGGGAGUUAGUUACUCCUACCACUGUUAAUGCUAGAGAUACUGCUGGAAGGAAGUCAACACCCCUUCAUUUUGCUGCUGGUUAUGGUAGACGAGAUGUAGUAGAAUUCCUUUUAUCGGCCGGAGCCUCAAUACAAGCCCGAGAUGACGGUGGCCUGCAUCCCCUGCACAAUGCAUGUUCUUUUGGUCAUGCUGACGUUGUCAGACUUUUAUUGGAAGCCGGAGCCAGCCCAAAUACACGAGAUAAUUGGAACUACACUCCAUUACAUGAAGCAGCAAUUAAAGGAAAAAUUGAUGUUUGCAUUGCACUUUUACAACAUGGGGCAGACAUUAACAUUAGAAAUACCGAGGGAAAAACUCCACUUGAAGUUGCAGAUCCGGCGACCAGACCCGUAUUGACAGGAGAGUACAGAAAAGAUGAGUUAUUAGAAGCAGCAAGAUCAGGUUCUGAAGAUAGAUUAUUAGCUCUUCUAAAUCCUUUAAAUGUCAAUUGUCACGCCAGCGAUGGUAGAAGAUCCACACCACUCCAUCUUGCAGCAGGAUACAAUAGAGGAAGAGUUGUUGAAUUAUUGCUACAACAUGGAGCUGAUGUGCAUGCUAAGGAUAAGGGCGGGUUAGUUCCUUUACACAACGCCUGCUCGUAUGGGCAUUUUGAAGUUACUGAAAUGCUUAUAAAGCAUGGAGCAAGCGUGAAUGCUCAUGAUUUAUGGGCUUUUACUCCACUGCACGAGGCUGCUUCGAAAUCUCGUCUUGAAGUUUGCUCCUUACUUUUAAGUGAAGGGGCUGAUCCUUUUCAAUUAAACUGCCAUUCAAAAUCUGCUAUUGAUGUGGCUCCUACCAAAGAGCUACAAGACCGUUUAUCCUAUGAAUAUAAAGGCCAUAGUCUUCUAGAUGCUGCCAAACAAGCCGACAAUAAUAAAUUAAAAAAAUAUUUGACCAGUGAUAUAAUUGGCUUUAAACAUCCAUAUACCGGUGAUACUGCUGUUCAUUUAGUUUGUCAAUCUAUGUAUCCUAAAAGAAAAACGAUUUUAGAAACUUUAAUGCGGAAAGGAGCUCCGGUGAACGAAAAAAACAAGGAAUUCUUAACACCGCUUCAUAUCGCUACCGAUAACUCAUAUUAUGAUCUCAUGGAAAUUUUAUUGAGAAAUGGGGCAAAGGUUAAUGCACUUGAUGGUCUGGGUCAAACGGCCCUUCACAGAUGCGCCAGAGAAGAUAACGUUCAGGCUUGUAGAAUUCUUGUGACGCAUAAUGUGGAUACGACGAUAGUUUCUCUGCAAGGAUACUCGGCGGUCCAAGUAGCUACGGAAAAUAUUCGCAAGCUUUUGGAAGAUCCACCAGCAAUACCAGCGGACAUAGAGGGUCAACUCUUGGAGGCGGCUAAAGCGGGAGAUCUGGAUCAGGUUCAGAGAUACCUCGGUACUUAUCCGCAUAUCGUAAAUUGUCGAGACCUGGAUGGCAGACAUUCGACUCCUUUACAUUUUGCAGCGGGUUAUAAUAGAGUACCGGUUGUCGAUUUCCUCUUGAGACAGGGUGCAGACGUUCAUGCCAAAGAUAAAGGUGGUUUAGUUCCUCUUCAUAACGCAUGCUCGUAUGGCCACUACGAGGUGACAGAACUCUUAGUCAAACAUGGAGCCAGCGUUAACGUGGCCGAUUUGUGGAAAUUUACUCCGUUGCACGAGGCGGCUGCGAAAGGAAAAUACGAAAUUGUUAAACUGCUUUUAAAGCAUGGGGCUGAUCCUAGCAAGAAAAAUCGCGAUGGGCACACACCACUGGAUCUUGUAAGGGAAGAUGACCAAGAUGUGGCUGAUUUAUUACGAGGCAAUGCGGCUUUGCUCGACGCUGCCAAAAAAGGAAACUUACAAAGACUGCAAAGGCUCGUCACGCCUGAAAAUAUUAAUUGUAGGGAUGCGCAGGGCCGAAACUCUACACCCUUGCAUUUAGCUGCUGGCUAUAAUAACGUGGAAGUAGCAGAGUAUCUUUUGGAAAACGGAGCAGACGUUAACGCACAAGAUAAAGGGGGAUUAAUUCCGCUGCACAACGCCUCGAGCUACGGCCAUUUGGAUAUCGCUGCGCUGUUAAUAAAGUUCUGUACAGUGGUAAAUGCUACUGACAAGUGGGGAUUUACGCCUCUACAUGAAGCUGCGCAAAAAGGGAGGACACAAUUAUGCGCCCUUCUGCUGGCUCAUGGUGCCAACCCGUUCUUAAAAAAUCAAGAAGGCCAAACUCCAGCAGAUCUUGCUUCAGCAGAUGACGUAAGAUGCCUUCUACAAGACGCAAUGACUUCCCAAUUUGGUAUUCCAACAGAAGUAGCACCAAACAGUAUAAGACCUCCGUCUAUUGCACUGCCUCCUCAUACUGCAAGUCCGUCCAUUUCUGGUAGUGUAAGUGGUGUUACAACAGAAACGGUGGUGAUGCCGUCUGGUGCCGCUGUUCAACUUAUGGUUCCUGUAGGUCCGGUAGGAGGCAGUCGGUGUAGCGUUUCUAUGGGCGUUGCGGAAGGUGCUCCAGCUCUGGAUGCAACAUCACCAGAUGACAACGAAAUCCAUUCAAUAGCAAGAUUCUUACAAUCACAAAACCUGGACCAUUUACUGGAUAUCUUCGAAAGAGAGCAAAUCACCCUCGAUAUCUUGGCUGAAAUGAACCAUGAAGACUUAAAACAAAUCGGAAUCUCCGCUUAUGGAUUUAGGCAUAAACUUAUAAAAGGAAUGGAAAGACUAGUGGCAAACUGUGGAAGUUUAUCGACUCCAUCGAAUCCAGGAACGCUUUUAGUUGAUCUCCUAGCCGAUGACAAGGAGUAUAUAACCGUCGAAGAAGAGAUGCAGAACAGUAUCAGGGAACACCGGGAUAAUGGACACGCCGGUGGAGUUUUUACGAGAUAUAACAUCGUCAGGAUUCAAAAAGUACAAAAUAGGAAACUGUGGGAAAGAUAUAACCAUCGCAGACAAGAAGUAGCUGAGGAAAACAGUAACCAGUCGAACGAAAGGAUGCUGUUUCAUGGCUCGCCCUUUAUUAACGCAAUUGUACAAAAAGGAUUUGAUGAGCGGCAUGCCUAUAUUGGAGGCAUGUUUGGGGCUGGAAUCUAUUUUGCCGAACAUUCGUCAAAAAGUAACCAAUACGUUUAUGGAAUUGGAGGUGGCACUGGUUGCCCCACGCACAAGGAUAGGAGCUGUUAUACAUGCCAUAGGCAUCUUUUAUUAUGCCGAGUGACCUUAGGAAAGUCGUUCUUGCAAUUUAGCGCUAUGAAAAUGGCGCACGCUCCUCCGGGGCAUCAUUCUGUGGCCGGGAGACCGUCUACAGGCGGUUUGAACUUUCCAGAAUAUGUAGUCUACAGAGGAGAACAAGCUUAUCCCGAAUAUUUCAUUACUUACCAAAUUGUUAAGCCCGAGGAAAGCACUAGUGGAACCGAAUCUGAUGUUAGGUGAUUUCCGGAACAAUGGCUAAUGCUCCAACCUCCCCGAUCCUACAAGGAUCUCUUCUGCAGUCUGAUGUGUAACGUGAUAAAGUGUAUAGGUCCAGUAAAGAAAAAAUGCAGUUGCGAGGCACCAAAAAAAUAAUAGUUUAUUAUUUUACUGUUUAUAUUGGUGCUGCUCCCAUCCCUAUUUUUAUAUUUUAUUUAACCGUAAGUAGAUUAAAAUCUGGCCUCAUUUUUUUUUGAACAUUUCAUUGACUGAAUGAUUCUGUAUGUCUAUACACUUUUCCCUUAUCAAGGAAACCAUGUGUUCAAACUUGUAUAUAUUAUUAAAAAAAAAUUCGAAAUCACUGUGUUAUCUGACUAUUAUUACCUACCAAGUACUGAUUAUGGUACAUUUACAGAGAUUAAAGACAAGCGUAUAAGUAUUUAAAAGGAAUGAAUUAUCCAUCGACCAUGGAUAUCAUAUUUAUAAAACACUGUGAUUAGAGGUAUGCAAUUUCCAAUUUUAGAGUAUGUCAUUCUUUUUCUUAGAAUUUAGAGUUGAGAAAUUAUUGGUUCGAGCUACAGUUGAAUUUGUAUGAAACAAUUUUUCCGUUUCCAGCCUCUAGUCACAGCGUUAAUAUAUUUUUUUUUUUAUUAUAGUUUUUAAAGGAGUGUAAUAACAUAACCACUAUAAUAUAAAAUGUCAUGUACAUCCCUUAUAUGUCCAACUUUAUAAUUGAGUAUACAUAUUUGCCUACAUUAUAAUUUCUGAUGAAUUUCAUCUGAAGAGGAUAGCAUUUUGAACUUGUUUAUUUUUUUCCUCAGUGUCAAUAAACCAUAGAAAUCCUAUCAGAAAUUAAUCUUUGGCCAAAUGUGUACCUAGAUAUGUAUUGCCAAAAAAAAAUAUUUUGUCAGUGACAUUAAGAUAUGGCUAUUACCAUCUCUGUUAAACCUAAGCAGUAUAUUGUUAAAAAAAAUGUGAUAUUUUACAGUUUUUUUUUGUUUUUACUUAGAUUUUAAGAACGAAGUAACGGUGUGGUGUUUUCCUUUAAUUUUUAAGGUAUAUUGUUAAUCCAAUAAAAUGCAUUUCAACAAAAUUUA